AUGCUCGGAACUCUCUUCUCAAGUGCCCCUUUACUCGAUGAACUGUCUAUUUUAAAAUGCAUUGUUAUUGAGCAUUUUAAUAGCGAAGCUCCAGCACUAAAAGCACUGCAAUUCAUAUUCAUUCCUGAAUUUAAAUCGGUAUCUUUCAAAAACUGCCCAAAUCUUGCUAGGGUCGCGCUUGAAUCAUUGACACCAUUGUUUGAAGUUGAUAAUCCAGAGUGGGGUAAAACCACCAAUUUGAUUGAGCUUUUUGCUAGUUUGCCUAAAAUUGAGAAGCUUUUGCUGGACAACUUUGUUCUCGAGCAGAUUUCAUUCAUUCUUUGCUUACUUGAAAGCUCUACUGAUUUGGAGGAACUUCGUAUUUGGGCCAUAGAAAAAGCAGGUAUAGCCAUGCAACCGGUUUCCAAUUUUUUGAAAGAAUCCAAGUGGACGGACAUGAAAUUGAACACACUUCGAACUGUGGAACUUGCUCUUUACGAGUGCUCGAGGGCUGAACUUUUCUUCAUCGAGUUUUUACUUGGCCGUAGCCCAAUUCUUGGGAAAAUGUUCAUUAAGCUUUCAAGGGUUGAUGCAAAUGAAGGGUGUAGGACCUCAGAAGAGGUGAUGCGGUUUUCGCGGGCUUCCGAGAAAGCAGAAGUAAUAUUUUAG